AUGGAACCAGUCCAAGAAGGGGAGGAUACACAAUUUGCUGAAGUGUGCUACAUGAGCAAUGGGCAAGGAGGUUACAACAAAGGAUACUAUAAUUACAAGUCCAACCCAGCCAUGUCAUACCGAAACACUGAUGUUGCUAACCCUCAGGACCAAGUCUAUCCUCAACAACAGCAAGCUCGAUCGAGUCAAGCCCCACAACAUGGGUAUGGUCCUAAAAACAACUACCAAGGCCCUCAAGGGACUUUUCCUGGUCAGCAAAUGCACAUACCACCUGGCUUUCCCCGCCAACCACCCCAGCCGGCACCUACGCCUGAGAAUGAGACCAGCUCGACCACCUACUCGACCACCCGGUCGAGUUUCCCAACUCGACCGGCCAAGCUUCAACUCGAUCGAGCUGAGAAGUCAACAGUCAAACCCGAAAAAUGUUCCUUCCCCCUUGACUUUCCUUUGACCCUAAACCUAAAUUCUCUUGUAUUUAAAGGCUGA